AUGGUGUUUGAUCCUAAACUAUUCAAAUAUAGUUGGGCAAAGAAAAUUAUUCCAAUAUGCGUUAUAUCGGGAUUGGGAUACAUUGAUUUUGCAUGCUUUUAUUCGUUGGGUUAUCAAGAAAUAUACAAAUAUCAUUCUCAUGGUGUGGCGAUAAGUCUUUGGGUUAUUUUAGCUUGGUGUGAAAUAUGUGUGAUAGUAUACUGGAUAUUGUUGCUUAUAGAAGGACCUGGGAGGUCUCCUCGAGUAAGACCAUUUAACUUGUAUAAUUCGGAAGAUACUUCUGACUUGACUCCUGUUCCAGAUUAUUUCUUUUGUGACGAAUCUGGUUACCCAUAUUGGUGCUCUCAGUGUCAGUCAAUUAAGCUUCCACGAACAUUACAUCUGAAGGAUAAGAAUUUCUGUGUUCUUAAGUUUGACCAUUAUUGCGUUUGGGUAGGCACUGUUAUUGGGCAGAAGAAUUAUAAGUACUUUUUGAAGUUUGUAAUAUGGUUUCUAAUGUUUUUCAUAGUUGCGCUAAUAUAUCUAUUGCGAUAUACUAAACUGAAUUACUAUAGGGGUACUCAAGACAUCGACCAUAAUUAUAUUGUUCUAUAUAUUUUGAGUGGCUUCUGGAUACUUAUACUCCUGGCACUAUUAAUAGUGCACCUACAUUACGUCGUUUAUAAUAUGACUACUGUCGAUGAUAUCAAUAUAAAUAAACUGAAAAGGUAUUUAAGGUGGAAAGCACAUAAUGAUAAAACGAAGAAAAAAGAUGUUCGUGGAACACCUGGCGAGGAAACUGGAAUACGAUAUAUUAAUGUUAGAUAUAAUAACACAAGGGUAAUUGUACAGUACACUGUUCGAGAUACUCCGUUUACAUUUGGGUUUAAAAGAAAUUGGCAAAACUUGUGGCUCAACAACAAUAGAACGAACGGCGACUUCGUGGAGCACGAGUCGUCAUAUUCCCCCAAACGAUUAGCCAUUAGUUUUUUCUUGUUCUUUUUCCCAUAUGUUGACAUGAUAUAUCCAUCAAAGGAGAAAAAAAUUGUUCGUGAUGUAGAAAAAUCUACUGCAGAGAGCCUAUAUUCCAGCAGGCUUAUUGAAUAUGAACAAUAUAAUGAAAAGAUCAGCAAGAAUUUCGUAGAAUAUAUUAGCAACAAGAUCAAGAAGAAAGAGUUUCACAUACCCCAUUACCUUCCAUCUUUUCAAGAAAAUAAUGAUGAAGGAAGUACACCAGAUGGUCUAUAG